AUGAAGGUCGUGCGUGAUUCCAAGUUCAGGCACGUCUUUGGCAAUGCAACGAAGGAGAACUUUCAGGACCUCCGCCUCUCUUCGAAGCCCUUGGAGACAACGGGCAUCCGCGGCAAUGCCAAGUUUGUGUGCUUCCCUUGGGAGUCUGGUGGCGGUGGCACAUUGGCAGUGAUCCCGGCGACCAAGUUCGGCCGAUUGCCACGAGAAACGCCGCUGGUGGCAGGUCACACUGGAGGUAUCAUGGAUUUUGAGUUCAGCCCCUUCGACGAUCACCUUCUGCUUAGCGCAAGCGAAGACCUGACAAUGAAGCUGUGGCAGAUCCCAAGCGAUGGGUUGACCCAGCAUUUGAAGGAGCCACUCCUAACAUUGGAGGGCCACGGCAAGAAGGUUUCCUUUAGCACCUUCAACCCUUGUGUCUCCAACAUCGUAGCGUCCACGGCCUUCGACCUGACCUGCAAGGUCUGGAACCUCACGGAGCAGGAGGCAUCCUUCAGCAUACCAGUGCCGGAGCAGGUGAUGCACAUCAAGUGGAACUACACAGGCUCCUUGCUGGCCGUGACCUGCAAGGACAAGAAGCUCCACAUCGUGGAUCCCAGACAGAGCAAGAUGACCAUGGGCUGCAAAAUCUGCGACGGCCCGAAACCGACGAAGGUGGAGUGGCUUGGGGGCACCAACCCCGAGGACUGCAACAUGCUCGUCACCACCGGCUUCUCCUCUCAGGCCGAGCGGCAGAUCAACCUCUGGGACAUCCGAAAGCUACCGGCAGAUGGCCAGGGGGAUGUGGCGGCCAUGGCGUCGUUGAACGUGGACCAGGGCACCGGGGCCUUGUAUCCAUACUUCGACCCGGGCACGCAGAUGCUGUACAUCGCUGGCAAGGGCGACAGCAACGUUAGAUACUUCGAGGUAACCAACGGAGACCCAUACCUCCACUACCUCGAGGCUUUCAAGUCGACCGUUCCCCAGAAGGGCUUCGACUUCCUCCCGAAGCGGUGUGUGGAUGUCAGCGUGCACGAGGUCAUGCGGGGCCUCAAGCUCGAGACAUCCGCCAUCCAGCCAGUGUCCUUCCGGGUGCCCCGGAAGAGCGAAGCAUUCCAGGAGGACAUCUUCCCUGAUUGCCCUGCCGGCGUGCCCAACAUGGCCGCCGACGACUGGGUCUCCGGUCAGGAGUGCAGACCUCCGACCUUGACACCCAUGAGGCCGGGCACCAUGCGUGUGCAGGGCACCACCAGCAGCGCCCCGGCCGUGGUCUCCGUGAAGGAUCUGAAGAAGCAGUUGGCAGAGGCGCAAGCUCGGAUCAGCUCUUUGGAGGCGGAGAACGCUGCGCUGAAGGAGGAGCUCGCAAAGGCGAAAGCCGCCUAG